AUGGCUCUUCUAAUUAAAAUAUGCGGUUUGCGCACGGCGGAGGCCGCCAACCAGGCAAUCGAGGCCGGAGCAGAUCUCCUCGGCGUAAUUAUGGUACCUGGACGGAAAAGAACGGUGGCUCUAGACGUUGCGGCGGAGAUUUCGAAGCUCGCUCAAAAUAAAAGAAAGGCCUUGGGCCGUCAAUUCCAGAGCGUAAACGAGAUUCUUAAUCAUAUCAACAGCUUAAAAUUCGACUCUCAUAGGGCUUAUUUCCAGAAAUUCAAGGUCUUGGUUGAAGAGAACGGACCGUUUUUGGUAGGUGUCUUCAGAAACCAGAACAUCGAAGAUGUGUUCAAAUUGGCCAAUCAGGCCAGCGUAGAUUUCAUACAGCUUCAUGGUAGCGAGGAUGUGAGCGAGUAUCUAGCCAGAAAUGAUGGGCUCAAGUACGGAAUAAUCAAGAGAUAUGUGAUCCCAGACCACACCGAACAAAUGAAGGAAUUUUUCCCAAAGGUCUUGGAAUCUACACACCAAGGGUUUGGGUUCCCAUUGCUAGACUCUGAGCUCGGCGGCGAGGGCCAGACUAUCGAUUGGACACUCAUCAAUGACUUGGACGGAGACUUCAUGCUCGCCGGUGGUUUGAACGCAGAAAACCUCAGUGAAACAAAACCCUUCUUGAAGAACGUGUUUGGAUUCGACGUCAGCGGUGGUGUCGAGAAUGAAAAUGGUGACAAAGACUUGGACAAGAUCUCCAGGUUUGUAGCAAACGGUAAGCAGGUUCUUACAUAA